AUGGACAAUUGCAACCGACGGCUUCAGCUUCAGAUUUUGAUCUUUCCUGCGAGCCGGCGGGUUUCGCGUCGGCCGAUUGCGAUCGGCCGUGGUCUCACGUCGCUGCUCCCAGUUUUCCGAACCGCUCACGCCGCUUCCCGAUUCGGAUCUCCCUCUUGCGCAGAAAAAGCCCCCCGUGAUUUUUGUUCUUUUAGGGCCUGCUUUUGAAGAGACGCAGAUUUCCAACAAUUUGAUGGAAACUUUAAAGGAGCAGAGGCGAAAUUUAUGAAGAACUUAGUGUUAUGAGAAGCUGACCUUAAAUUUCGGGACUUAAAAGUUCAGCAAGCUGUUUUGAAAUGACUUUUUUACGUCGAAAAAAAAGUAGCAAGGCCUUAGUGGAACUGGAACUGUGCCAAGUUCAAAUGGAAGUAGCCAGGAUUGACAUUUUUACUUCAUUUCUAUGAAAUUAUUGGGUUUUUGUAUAAAAUUAGUCCGUAUGAAGUUUUUUCAGUACUUCAAAGGGACUUUCCGGAGUAGCUUAUCGAUUUGCAAAAUAAACAAUACUAAAAAAAUUUUUUUAACUGUGUUUUUUGAGAGUAAACAGUGUUAGGAUCUGGCUCUAGUUUUUUUUUGAACUUAUAAAGUUUGAGAGUUUUAAUAAACUGCUUUAUUAAGACACAUUUUGGGUAGGUUCGGUUAAUUUUUUUUUCAAAAUGUACCCUUUAAACCGCUAGAUAAGCUCACUUAUUAUAACUAUGUUCAUUUUGAAAGUCGGUUUUCCAAACUAUAUUGGAGAAACGAAUAGAAACGCGACGACGGAUUCGCUGCAGAUCUGUUCACAAGCCACGUGGCUCCGCCCACAUUUUGUGAUCGCCAUUUUUGGGCUGAAGGGUAUAAAAUGCGGCGUUCGUUUCGGGUCGCUUUUUUCAUCACAGCUGAUUUUCGGCUUUCCUUUCCUGCCUUUCGUAAACAGUUUCCCUGAUUUUAGAAGUGAUAUCGUUAUUUGAAAAGAAUCGUUUUUUUGAUAGUUACUGUUUGAAAAAUUAGGCUAUUUUUUUGAACAGAAAUAUUGCAUAAAUUGAUAAUCUUGAAUUUUUUUAAAAUCUUAGUUUAUUUUUUUACUCAAUUUACAUGAUUUUUUUCAAGUUUUUUUGUCCAGAUUUCUCCGUCUAAAAUUGGUUUUUUUAUGGAAUUGGAUACAGUAAAGAAAAAAACGUUUUUUUAGAAAAAAAGUUUUUAUUUUUUUGAAAAUUUAUGCACUUUUUUUGAUUUUUUUAAAUCAUUCCAUAUUUGAACAAAAAUCAAAAAUCCAAUCAUUUUUUCUGAUUUGUGAAAGUUCGAAGCUUCUCCCUUUCAAAUACGCGUCUCGUGAUGACCUAUUCUCCUGAAUUUCGAGGAGAAAUCUGUGUUAAAUAUUCGGAAACACGUUUUUCAUUUAGACAAAGGAAAGCCGGUUCCCUGGCCGUUUUCAAUUAUUCGGAUAGUUUCCGUUUCUUGAACUUUCUCAAGUAUUUGAUCGACAACUACUUUUUAAAUCCCUUGACCAAAUUUCAUGAAUUUGUCCAGCAAUAAUCGUGAAGGUGAUCAUCAAUUCACUUUUUACGAUCACAAGAAAGUCUGCCAUUGCGCAAUCAGAUCCGAACAAUCCAUCAUGCGUGAUAUUUUCUGCCCCGAAAUGGGAAACACGCGAUACAAGCCGGUCCGAGGCGGAACCCGUUGGCAGUCUGCCACGAGGGCCGGCUUCGCAAGGCCUCCUUUCCGUUUAUACGUCUUUUUUCUGUUUCCUGAAAGCCCUAUGAAUAUUCUCCUCAUUUCAAAAAUAUUCAAAUAGCCUAAUAAAUUUGAAAAAAAUAUACGUGUAAAAUUCUGAGCUUUUUGCCUGAAGUCUGGUACCAUUUUUUUGUUGUAUUACAAGCUUUUGAAAAGCACAAAAAUGAAAAAAUUUCGAAUUUUCUAUAUCGAAACCUUAUGAUAAAAUGAUCAUGCUAGGAAUAAAAAAAUCAGUUCUUAAGAAACGUCUGAAUCUCUUCUUUUUUUCACACUAUUUUUUUAUAAUAUUCUGAAGAUUUACUCCACUAUCAUGCCAGCGAUGAAUCAACUUUAAAUUUAUAAAAUUUAAUUUUUAUUAAAAAAAUAAUUUUUUUCAGUUCAUAUUAUUUUUGAGUUAGGGCAGUUAGAAUUGGAGGCUUUCAAAAACCAAUAAAUGCUGAAUUUUUAAUUGAAACAGUGCGAUCUUUUUCGAAAUUACAGUUUUCAUGUUUGAGCUUUGUGAAUCUUCUCCUGAAAGUCAGAAAACUGUAAUUUUCCGCCCCAUUAUUUGAAUUCAAGCAUAUUUUUCAAAAAAGGUUGUUUUACUUUUCCCUGGAGUUUUCGAAAGUGGCAUCAAAAAAACUUGUUAGCCGAUUUUUCAAGUGUUGGCACCUAAGAAAAAGGAAAAUUUUCGCUUUUUAAUAAGCUUAAUUAUUAUAAAAACAAACCACUUUCCGCCUCCUUUUUUGUGGCGAUUCUUGACCGUCAUUAUGUCUCGAGAGGGAAAGUUAUACACGCAAUUAGAAAAUCCAAAACCAGCUCCGUUUCAUUUCCCUGAGAAAGCUUUUUUUAGAUUUUCCAGACAAAAAGAACGAUUUCGAUUCUCCCAGAGACGUUUUUUGUUUUGUUUUUGCGCGACAGGAAACUAAAAGGUGGGCGGAACGAGGUUCCUCGGCUCGAAAGCCUUUCAUUCUCAGAAAAUCCGUCGUCGCGGGCGUUCUGUCUUGUCUCCCGAUUGUAAGCUUGCGCGACAAUCUUCAAAGAUUAUCGUUUCCCAGUUGGGGGUCCCUUCCCGAAUUCGCGAGAUCCCUAUCUAAAUAGUUCCACCAGCUUCAUUCCUCCAUGCGUCCUUGCUGUGUUCAGGAUGUCAUUGAAUGUUUCAGAAGCUUCGGAGUCAUGCAGAUCUGGUGUAUGGAGCCCUACCCGUGCGGCGACCGUCGUCUUCCCCACCACGUCUUCCCGCCGAAGAAGCUCAGCCCCGACCAGUUGGCUCAGAAGACCGGCGUCCAGUACUUCAAGGUCCUUUUUCGAUUGAAAAUAUUUUAUAAAGCAGGCCUUGUAGCUGAUGAUUAGAAAAUUAUGAACAAUAAUCUGAAAAAUAUAGUUAUAUAAAAGAACUAUAGUAUUAAAAAAAAUUAUGAACUCGAAAAUUUCAAAGAAUAUUUCAAAAAGAAGGCUUUGUUACCCGAAAAAAUACUAUUUUUUUCAAUCCCAAAAAAAUUUUUUUCAGUCUAUUUUUUUCAAGUUACUAAUAACCUGAACUUCUCCUGAGAAAAAUCGGACGGCUAUUUUUUUGAACCCUGCUGAUCUAAAAAUUUUCAUAAAAAUGAAAAACAUUUACAAACCUGAUAAGCUUUGUACUAGCUUCUGUUAGCUACCGAAGCAUUAAAAAAAAAUUUCGGAGCAUCUUUCGAGAAAAAAUUUUUUCAAAAAAAAGGCUCUAAAAAUAGCUCACCAAGCUUUCCAUUGUUACAGCGAUUCGUUUGAAACCAAUGUUCUGAAAGAAAGAGAAAAUCGUCUCGAAACGUUUUUAAGUGGCCCUGUAAACGUUUCGCAACCUUUCAGCUAUGUUUUUGAGGAAAAAAACGCGUCUCAAUUGAUUCUUAGAAAGAUCUCUGGAAGCGACAUCGUUUCGCGAGAUUGUUAUCAGGAUUCCAUUAAGAUGUUACUUAUUGAAGGUGGACCUCGAUGAUACGGUGGCGAUGAAGAAGCGCCUCUCGCGAGUGAAGGCCGAGCGCAACGUCAGCUCCUCCGACGUCUUCACCAUCAGCGAGAGCAUCGCCGACUUCAACGACAAGCUCGAGGAGUUCUACGAGCCGCAGCAGCGUGCCGACGACGUCGUCUCGUUGGUAAUCGACGGCUCCUGCUACUACGACGUCGAGCCCGAGGUUUCCUAGCUGUCUGCCUUCCUAGAAGAUGUCGAUGAUUCCAGGAGGACGAAUGGAUCCGCGUGCAGCUCGAGCGCGGAGAUCUGCUCGUAAUUCCGAAGGGACUCUCUCACCGCUUCACCACCACCCCAAAGGUUCUCCAUAAAAAUGAGAAACCUGAGGGAUCACUUAAGUAGGGAAGUGUGAAAAGAGCAAGAAAAACGGCUCACUUUUUGAUUUUUGAUUACAGUGAUUUGAGUUAUCACUCAGAGACGAGUUCAAGGACCUGAAAAUUUCAAUCAUCUAUAGUUUUCUCGAGUUUGAAAAACAACAAAAUCAAAUCUAAUUUGUUUGAGAUUUAGGUAGAUACUCAAAAAUAAAUUCAGAAAAUACAGCUCCAAAGAACUUUUUCCCUCUGAUUACUAUAAUUUCAGAACUUUGUGCAAAUGCAGCGCUUCUUCUCCAAGAAGCCCGAUACCCAGGGCUAA